AUUGUUAGUAAGAAGUCUCUAUAAGAGUUGUAUGUGACAACAUGCUGUGCAGUGACGUCUAUGCAGGGGUGAAGACAGAGAUGUUUUCUUGUGAAACCAAAUCUCAGAAUUCAGAUCGCCCAAUGGAUCUGGGCUUGGCUGAAGAUCACUUUUCUCGACCUGUGGGUUUGUUUGUGGCAUCUGAUGUAGAGCAGCUGAAACUUGCCAUAGAGGAGUGCAAGAGACUGAUCCUGGAACUACCAGAGCAUUCAGAGAAACAAAAAGACACAGUGGUCAAACUUAUCCACCUUCGACUUAAACUACAAGAACUACAGGACCCAGAGGAAGAUGAGCCCAACCUGCAGAUUAUGUUAGAGCAUCGCUUCUCAAAGGAGAAGAGCAAGAGUGUGAAACAGAUGUGUGACAGGUGUAGCACCAUUAUAUGGGGUCUCAUUCAAACCUGGUACACCUGCACAGGUUGUUAUUACCGCUGCCAUAGCAAGUGCAUGAAUCUUAUCAACAAACCAUGUGUAAGAUCAAAGGUCAGCCAUCAGUCUGAGUAUGAACUCAACAUCUGUCCUGAGAUUGGUCUGGACAAACAGGACUACAGAUGUUCUGAAUGCCGGACACCCAUUUCAUUGCGUGGUAUUCCUAAUGAGGCACGUCAGUGUGAUUAUACCGGUCAGUAUUACUGCAGCAGUUGCCACUGGAAUGACACUGCUAUCGUUCCAGCAAGAGUCAUACACAACUGGGAGUUUGAACCCCGUAAGGUGUGUCGUUCCUCAAUGCGUUAUCUUGCUUUAAUGAUGCCCAGGCCUGUGCUCAGACUGAAGGAGAUUAAUCCACUGCUUUUCAACUUUGUGGAGGACCUUGUUGAGAUCAGAAAAUUACGUCAGGAUAUCUUGCUAAUGAAGCCAUAUUUUAUAACCUGUAAGGAAGCCAUGGAGGCCCGACUUCUGCUGCACCUUCAAGACCGGCAGCACUUUGUGGAGAAUGAUGACAUGUAUAGCCUACAGGAUCUGAUUGACACUUCCAAUGGACAUCUCAGCUGUUCCCUUACUGAAAUUCACACAACUUUUGCGAAACAUAUUAAACUGGAUUGUGAGAAAUGCCAGGCCAAAGGAUUCAUGUGUGAAUUGUGUAGAGAGGGUGACAGUCUCUUUCCAUUUGACAGCCACACCUCCGUUUGUCAUGACUGCUUAGCAGUUUUCCACAGGGAUUGUUACUAUGAUAACUCAACUAUGUGUCCACAUUGUGAGAGAAUGCUGGAACACAAACAUGAGGUACCUCUGAAACUGUAGCAGAAGUAGGGCUGAUUCCUGAUGGAUUAAUGGCAUACAAACACAGUAGAAGAUCUUCUGAACGCAUGUGGGUCUUGCUCAGUUACUUUGUUUCUUCUCUUUAUUUAUUCUGAGGUUUAAAUCAUGCUCCUGUCAGCUUUUGUGUUGAUUUUAAUUCAGUUUCAAAAAAUAUAUACUAAAAAGCAACAGUUUUAAUUUAUAGACAUAUACUGAGAAUGUACUGUACCUUAAAUAUUGUGGAUAAUAUUAAGAACAUAAAUUGUGCUUCCAUAUUAUGUGGUCAGUGUGGUAAAGUUUUUAUCUAUUCAUGCAUGAGAAGAGGAAUCUUCUUUAAGAUUAAAAGUCAGAAUGCUGUUAUUGCCGCUGUAAUUACUGAAAUUUAGUGAAACUGAUAUGUUUUAAAGAGACCAAUAUUUCUCUCUAUUAUAUAUCUUUACACAAUGAAUGAAUGAAAAAAAUAAUAAUAAACAAAUAAAGAAAUGU